CCAUUUUAAAGUUCAUCGGCACAUAUUUAUCGAAUAAAGUUGAUUAGGAAUUACGUGCCAAAGUGUUGUAUCGAAAUGAGUGUAUUCACGUGAAAAAGUAAUGUAAAAGGGACAAUAAUUGAUAAAUCUAUAAAUUUUACGCUUGAAGCUCACAGCACGUUACAACCAUUUAUCGUAUUUUAACAUGCACGUUAAUAUGACUGAAAAAUGGAAAAACGAAGGUGGCGUUACCAAAAAAAAAUAUUUUAGUAGAAGAUAGUGGUACAAUAGGAAUGCGACAUUGUGCACGUUGCUAUACACCGACGUGAAUGUUAACCAAGUAUAAAUUACGCAGGUCCGCCAUUAUCGGAUAUCCAUUAAAAUACUCGAGCCCCAUAAGCUGCUACGAAUCAGUGUCAAAAUGUGCUAACACGGCAAUAUCGAGUUAAAAUCAAGUGACAGUAUACUUGUGAUACUCGAAACCGGAAGUGCUCAUCACUGAAUUCAAUUUUCAAUUGUGGAUUUUAUAUAAACGAGACAAGUUUUGGACGUGUUGUCUGUGCGAAGUUAAAACUGACACUGUAAUAUCAUAAAGGAUUAAACGGAUUGACGAUAUUUUGAUUAAUCGAUAAAUCGAUAAUACCAAGGGACGUGCAUCUACACGUAGAUUUAUUCGUGACAAUCGACUGGUGAUAUCGAUCAGAGUCAUUGACCUGAUAUAAAAAUUGGAAAUUCCUUCUCAAAGAGGUCGUCCCGGUUACGUGAGAUACGACUUUAGUCUCGAUACGUGAGAAACUGAAGAUUGCGGUAGUGGCUGUAUCAAGGACUAAGUAUAUGGGAUGGAACGACGUGGCAGGAGGAGAGCAGGAAACUGUUGAAGAUAAAGAAGAUGAGGGUAGAAAGAACGAGGGAAAAAGUUUCUUGUUAUUGUUAAGAGAAAGAGACUAGAGACCAGUGACUAAGAGCAAGGGUAUGAAAUAACCAUGUAUCACGAGAAGUGGUCACUGCCUGCCAAAUUCUUCUCGUGAAUUCGUGUUUCUCCUUGUUCCAGAGGAGAAGAAUUUUCUUAAAGUCGAAAGACGAGAGCUGUGAUCAGUUUAGCGAAAGGUAAUUAGUAAGAGGAGAAAGAAGGUAUACAAGAAAACCUUAAGAAGAAACUAUCGAGAUAAAGAGAAACAAGAGUAAGCAAGAGAGUUCAGUGCUUUCAGAAAAAUGAACUCCUCGAGACUCGACAGGGGUCAGCGUAAGAGAGACAGAGAGCGAGCGAGCGAGAAAGAGUAAAGUAGAGAGUGGUGCAAGCGGGAAAAAGAAAAUGGACUUGGUACUGUGAAUUUUAAAGGCACGAGAACACUGCCAGAUAACACAAACGACCUGGGUCGACCUGUUGGACAAAGAUACAGGAAAAAUAUUCAUAAGGAAUUUUCACGCCUACUUAAGCACUUAACUCCUUCUAGUACAGAGGAAUAGGGAGUAAAGAGAUAAGCAAAAGUAACGGAAUUUUUCCAACGUACGGAGUGCUUGGCAAGUGGAAAAAUAUGGAGGAAGGCUUUAGAAAAAGGAUAAUAAUCAUCAAAUUGGGAAAAGACUCAAGAGGCAAGCUUUCGAGGAUCUCUUAAAUUUACUAGUAAAAGCAAGAUCAUUGGAUUCAUCAGUUCAAGUACCAACCGACGAAAAAACUAUCGUCCUUUCUCACCGACUUAUUAAUAAAGAACUGACUUCCCUUUAAUCUCAAACGUCAAUGGUUCUUAAUUAUCUCUUCUUUACGUAAGAACCUGUUCAACCGACCUUUUCAAGCGAGUGAGAACUUAUUCAAACGGACUUAUCCAUGUUUAUUGAAAGCUAUCAGUCACUGUUUUAAUUAGAAUAUAAAGAAAAAAGAUCAUUACGUCCAAUUCAGUGUAAUCAUAUUGUAGGCAGUAUAAGCGUAGCCUCUGACAAAGCUUACCUACGACUCGUGGUCAAGGAAGUUCAGUGAAGAUGAUCGUGAGACACGGGACUGUCUAAAAGAGGGAAAAAAGUGGCAAUGGUGGCUGUCGGUGCAAUGAGUGUCGUGCUGCGGGGAUUAUGUUUUAGUGUAGUGUUAUUUGCUGGAUGUCCCUACGCGUACUCCCAGCUGCCAUGGACGCCGAUUUACGUGGGACAGAGCCAAGUGGACCUGUGGACGCGAAGUGCGACGGGUUGUCCCUGCAAUUUCAACACAUCCAGCAACGAUUGCGCUUGCUGCGUUCCGUCGGGUGGCUGCAGCUGCGGAGAAGCCUUGCCAAGCAGAUGCGCCCAAUGUGGCUUGGAUCAACAUUGCACCAACAUGUGCAAUAUUACGUUGGACGGCAAGCAGCUCUUCAGCAAAUCCGGUCGUGGAUUUGGACAAAUAAAAUCGCCAUACCUGGAGGGUCCUACUAAGUGUACCUACAAAUUUAUACCGGACGUCGGACAACGAGUGGAGUUGCAGAUUUAUCGGCUGCUGUCCAUAGGGAGGCAUAACGGAACUGCGUGCGAGGGCGGUUGGCUCGAACUGGAGGGUGGAGCACGAGUCUGCGGACGGAACGAACGAUUCGAUCGACCUGUGGUGCUUUUCUCGGACAAAUCGGUCGCCAUCUUGCACAUGCAGAUAAACGAGAACACAACGAGGUCCCAGUUUCUCGCGUACUUCAGCUUCGCAUCGAAUGCCAGUUCCUCUGUCGGUUUGCCGGCGAGAGGCGGAAAGCCCGUUAGCAAUGAAGUUUGCGAUUGGGAAUACGACGAGAAGAGCUGCAGAAAAGGUUGCAUCCUGACAAGUCCCGGAUAUCCUGGACUAUAUCCUCCAAACACAAGAUGUCGAUAUCGCAUCACAUCCAGUCCACGAGUAACCGUCAACCUGAACUUUACCUCAGUUCUACUGUCACACAACCACUGCACCAGCGAUUACAUUGCCGUCUACGAGGGUCGAGAAACUACAAGUUCGCUCCUAAAGAUGCUCUGCGGAAAUGACAGAACGAAUGUCGUCCACGUCGGUUCACAGCUUUUGGUGGAAUUCAGAUCCGGACCGGAAGUACCACCCUUCAACUAUAACGGUUUCGUAGCUACUCUCAGUUUCGUUGAAAUUACGACAGAAGCGCCAACGACAGUCACCAUGGAGAGUACCAGUAAAACACUCGAGAUGAUAAGAUCGCCCAGCAGGAGCAGUCAUAACGGUCGUUACAAUCACCGCGAUCUUCAUGAUCAUCGCAAGGAUCAGGGAUCGGCCAGCUGUGAUCUUGUCGUUAGCGGAAAUGAGAUCAGGUCUGGUCAUCACGACACAAGGGGUAAACUCAAGUCCACGGUUUGCCGUCUCAAUCUACGUGGACGUGCUUACGACACAGUACAUGUCUCCAUCACUAGUUACAAUCUGAGUCCCGUCGCCUGUAAAUCAAUGGUAGAGAUUUUCGACGGAAAUCUCGAAGCCAGGAUGAUCGGCUCAGCCAAGUCACUCAAAAGAAUUUGCAGUCCCGCUGAAAGGCUUCCGCGCGCACUCGUGCCAGUCUCUAAGUAUAUUGAACCCGAACGUUACUCCUCGACUGGAAGAGAUAUGACGGUUAUUCUUCAACGAUCCUCGGACAGUCCAGCGGACGAGGAAUACAUGGACGUCUCGUAUUAUUUUCACGACGAAAGGGAAGAAGGUACUCAGCAACCAGCCAGUGUCUGCGACGUUGAAUACUACGGUUUGAGUUCUCCACCGGAAGGCACAGUGAUACAUCCGGAACCGCAUAAACUGCUCACGUCACAGGGGCCUGUAAAAUGCCGACAACACUUUAUACCAGCUGCUAAUCAGUCGAUUAAUAUCACGGUCGAGAGCAGCACGAAGCAAGCAUCAAGCAAUUCCUGUUAUACAAAAUGCGGCGACAGCGGCUGUCAAUGCGUUACGAAAAAUCGUCUUGAUGAAUUGGAUCAUCUUCUUUUGGUAUCAGAAACCGGCUACGUCGUCAGCUGUUUUUGUGGAAACUAUCAAGAAUGGCUACCGGUUGGUGUUAGAAGUUGGACGCCAGUUUACAUAGAAUGGUCCAGGUUCUCGAACGCCGGUCUCAACUUCAAGGCUGCAUACAAAUUUUCCGAGGAUCCAUACUGCGGCGAUCAUACUACGAAGAAACCGGAGGGGGAAGUAACUGGGGGUAAUUUGGCCAGUGGAGAAAUAAAAUUAAAUCAGUACUACCAACAGAAAUGUACAUGGAUUUUGGACUCGUCGAUGGAUCGACAGUUGACUAUUGAAGUGAAGUCCUCGCAAAGUCGACCAUGUGCUGCAUGGAAUCUGACGAUACACGAGUACAGUAAGAACGGUGACCCGGCGGGACCGAAACUGUACACCUUCUGUUCACGAGAUCAGCACAAAAAUUUUACCCUCGACUGGAAGAUGAAUACUGCUGUAGUCAGAUUGCAAGCACUGAGCAGAACGCCACCUCAGUAUACAAUGAAGUGGAGGAGUGAUUUCGUCACAGCCAACACCAGGAAGAGUGGUCCAUCGCCAGCUCCCAAUCACGUCACAGGAUCUUCAAGUAACAUUCAUGAUCGUCAUAAUCAUCGAUACUGUGCAUUCUCGUUAACGAUUCCAUGGUGGAUCCUGAUGACAUUCCUACGACUUUAAGUCGCUUUUCUGUUCCUGAAAAGAAGUCCGUGCCCGUGUGUAUAUAAUAAUUAUGCAAAAGGAACUCACUGGAGGAUUAUCGAAUUUAUAAAAAAAUGUCAUCGAACAGUUUAUACGAAUCAUUAGCCUCCAUCGUAUAUUUAAGAAUAUCGAUGACGGCAGCGUACUGUGUUUCUCUCUUCGUUGAUAAUACAUGUAUAAAUUGAUACCGGCAAUUUAUAUGUAUCGAUGACUAUUGAAAGCACGAUUAAAGUUUCAAUACUUUUUAAUCAGUCGUCGUCGAUCCUCGAUGCACGUGGAAAUGAAUUGUUCUCUAAAUGGUGGAUCACUUUUAACGCAAACCCCCCCCCCCAUGCUGUAUAUAUUAUAUAUAAAAAUGAAAUUUAACCCUUUGUCGGGAAUACAAAAGUUUCGAACUUUGGAAAUACUCGGCAUCGUUCUAACGUAACGCCGUCGGUGCGGUCGAAUGGAAUUUAGCCAGUGUACAUAAACACAGUAGGCUAGUAGGGACUUGUACAGAAUACAAUGAUUAACUGAUAAACGAAUAAGGAAUUAUUGUAAAAUAUCUAUACAACUACAUUCAAGAUACACGAGUAACGAUGGAAGAUGUAUUUUAAAAAACGAGCUUCGUGUGUCCAAGUGACACCUCUCGAACUAUGCGUUAAAUGUUCAACGAUUAUACAUAAUUAUAUCAUAAAAAUUAUCCUAAGGGUUACAUUAAAAUCUUUGAGCAUUCCGAAAUACCUGAACUGACAAUUCUAAUGUUGAUCAGAUCGUCUUUACGGUUUUUCAUAAUACACGCAGCUCAUGAGUUUUGACUUUUGUGUACUGGGAAUGAAUAUUUUCAUGGAUAAUCGUUGUGAACAACUAACUAUAUUGUUAAUUACCACACCGUUACCACUAGACUCUAACUAUUUAAUGUACGUACCUACUAUUACUAACUACAAAGUGAAGCAGACUAACAAUACCUUCGAAUAACGGUUAAACUUAAACAAAAAAAAAGACUAAAGUCACACACAUGUCACGUACCAAUAUAUGUAAUAGGAAAAUUAACCGGUUGAAAAUUUAGAAACAACCAAAAAUCAUUUCAUACUGGAAACUUGCGAAUCUUCAAUGGCAAACAGGAAUCGAUUUUGUCAAAGAACAGAACAAGUAUAAAUGAGAGCUUGUGUUUAUGAAGUCUUUUGUAUUCAACAAGCUUCAUUGAUAUGGGAUAAAUAAAUAGCACAAUGUUUAUGCUAAGAAUUCCUGUAAUGUACACCACUCGACAGCUAAUUAAUGGUCCUCAUUAAAUUCCCGACUAUACAUGAAAAAAAAAGACGCUUUACACGAAAAAAGGACGAUUCCCUCUCGCCAUUCAUUCGCAUUUGCGAUAAAAAGAAGAAAAAAACGGUGCUAAAAGUCCAUAUAAAAAGCAGACAGCAUUUUCGGUGCAUUUUGCAAGAAAAAAAAUUUAUUUAUCCUUACUACUUGGUGAGCUUGCGAUGAAGUGCUGCAUGUUCAUUGUAAAUUGUUCUUGCGAACGGUGACGUGGUUCAAUAAAUGAGAAUCAAUAGAUAAUGACAUAUCAACCACGUAUCGUUGAUAAUAUGCAUACAACGAAUUGCAAUGCACGUGCUAUGUUGAUAUCUUCAAGUUAUGAAUGUUAUAAUACUUUUGUUAAAAUCUAAUUAUCUGAUACAGCUUGUAUUAUUUUUUUUAACGAUACCAACGAAUCAGAUAUUUAAGAAUGCGAUAAAACUAUUAAUGUAUGGAAUUGUCUUUAACUGAGCUUAUAGCAACGUCCAUUUAUUUUCUGGUUUGCAUUCAGCAUAUGCUUUACAGGUAUACUGAAUUCUUUAUAACGAUGAAAGCUUUUUUUUCUCUUCAAACUAAAGCUGUACCCAAUAUUGGAAAGGUAAAAGUCGAGAGUAUGAACCUUAACAUAGAAAAAUGGCAUCUGUAAAAAUGACCCAAUUCAUAGUGAAUAAAGCAGCAAUCUUUACAGAGUAUAAGGAUAUUCAUAUGCUCUCCUGCUUGACCUCAUCAGAACAAAGAUGAAAGUCUUCAGUUUAAUUAAUGGAGCUAAGCGAAUAAAAUGGCUUUCACAGUGUGAUGUCAAAUAACGAAAUGAGAAAUUUAAAAAAUUGUUUGAAUAGAAUGGCAUCAAUGUAUCAAGUUGGUACAGUGUUGUUUUUUUCAAAGGCCAUGUAUCGGUUAUAGCAUCUCUUGAAAUUCCAAUGAAUCAUAGAUAUUGACAACUUUUGACUGAUAAUUGUACUACAAGUUAAACAGAAAUAUCAAAAGACAAGUCAUUACGCAACCAAAUAAAUCUAUGUAUACAAAGAAUUCUCACGUAUUAUACAUUUUGGAAAUAUUUAUGAUUUUAUACCUCUUCGCUAGGUAGUAACUAUUACUUUCACUACUGGUAACUUCUCAGGUAAAGUAUGAGAAUUGAUGCUAUGUCGUCAGACAGCCUUAACCAUAUCAUUUCACUGUAUCGCAUGAAUUAUAAUAAACAGAAGUAUAAUACAAUGAGUGAGAAUUAAUUGUAUAAUGGCUAUGGCCUAUAAUUUUUACUUGCCAGGCACUCAAAAAACAAUAUGCCAAUUGGAUACAUUGCCACUUUGACACUUUACCUACAGAAAAGAAUACAUGUUACAUGUACUAGUCGUGUAUAUCUAAGUCACAAUAAAUAGUCAAUUGUUUCAUAUAAACUAUAAAUAAAUUAAAAAUAAAUAUUAACAUAGUCUUACUCUCCCGAGAAUCGAGUGAUAAUUUGUUAUUCGAUAAUCAGUGAAAUAUAGCGCCAUUGACGAAAAAUCCCUUGAAAUAUGCAGAUUAAUUAGAUUAAUUAAAGUACGAUAUAGAAUGAAUCGCUCAAAAAAUAUCUCGCGAUAUCCGAAUAAGACCAUUUUCAGCAUAUUCCCCAACGUUUUUCUACUGAGAAUCACGAGAGUACGAUUUUUCAUUCCAAACGUGGCAACAUGAAGUCGUGCAAAUUCCAAUACCUGUAAUACUCACCUCAUUAUUAUUAUUGACUUGCAACACAUGUUUGAAUAAGGGUAAUUCUAUCAUGAUGUUAAAAUGUUAAGAAAAAAAGAAUUGACUACGGCAAUUCAUUUGAUACAGUAUUUUGUAAUGAUAGUCCAAGUCGAAGUAACCGGUUACUCGAAUUUUCCACUUGAUUACUGACGCACACAAUUAUUUUUAAGUAACGCACCUAAUGGUCAACAUUUUCAAAGUUUCAAAUGAAUACUCGUACCGACCACUGUACAGAGAAUAAAAAUUAACACUGUCAAUAAACCCUGAAAGAAGAAACCUCAAGAAGAAUAGAAACAAUUGCGGAGAUUAUUCGUAAUAAGUAUAGAAAACCAACCGUGAACUAGCAAUAAAAGUAUUUACAAUCGAAUUCAUACGUUUAUCCAUAAUUUGUCGAUACACCGAGAAAUACAGGAAGAUCACGUAGGGUCCAACAUUGAUCAUCGAUCUUAUAGUCUUGUUCACAGUAAGAUUUCAGUUCCUAAUCUAUAUAUGAACUAAUCCAAGGAGCGAGCUUGAAGCUUCUAAAUAGUAAUCUGAAAAAUUCAAUACUGAUACAUCAUUUUAUAUUAUGGUUAUCUUUAAUUCGUCUCCCUGUUCAAUUUUUAAUUUAAGGAAAACAGAAUUUCCAAUUGUUAUAUAUUAUAUACGUGUUUUCAUUAAUGAUUUUAA